CACGAUGCUCAGAUGGAUUACUAUGGCACCCGGUUGGCGACCUGCUCUUCAGACAGAUCCGUGAAGAUCUUCGAUGUUCGGAACGGGGGGCAGAUCCUCAUUGCGGACCUGAGAGGGCAUGAAGGUCCCGUGUGGCAGGUUGCCUGGGCUCACCCGAUGUACGGAAAUAUCCUGGCCUCCUGCUCCUACGACAGGAAGGUUAUUGUCUGGAAGGAGGAGAAUGGCACUUGGGAAAAGACCUAUGAGUACACGGGGCAUGACUCCUCAGUGAACUCUGUCUGCUGGGCGCCGCAUGACUACGGGUUGAUCCUGGCCUGCGGGAGCUCUGAUGGGGCCAUCUCCUUACUGAGCUACACGGGCGACGGGCAGUGGGAGGUCAAAAAGAUCAGCAACGCACACACGAUUGGAUGUAAUGCAGUAAGCUGGGCUCCUGCUGUUGUCCCGGGAAGCCUUAUAGAACAACCGUCUGGUCAGAAACCAAACUACAUCAAAAGAUUUGCCUCUGGUGGCUGUGACAACCUUGUCAAGAUCUGGAAGGAGGAAGAUGGCCAGUGGAAAGAAGAGCAGAAGCUGGAGGCUCACAGUGACUGGGUUCGAGAUGUAGCCUGGGCUCCCUCCAUAGGUUUGCCCACAAGCACCAUUGCUAGCUGCUCACAGGAUGGCAGAGUGUUCAUCUGGACGUGUGACGAUGCCUCUGGGAAUUCCUGGUCACCGAAGCUGCUGCACAAGUUCAAUGAUGUUGUCUGGCACGUGAGUUGGUCCAUUACUGCCAACAUCCUUGCAGUGUCUGGAGGAGACAAUAAGGUGACGCUGUGGAAGGAGUCCGUGGAUGGACUGUGGGCGUGCAUCAGCGAUGUCAACAAGGGCCAAGGCGGCGUGUCUGCCGUUGCAGAGGGGCAGCAGAACGAGCAGUGAUGCACGAACGUUCCAGCUGCAGCACGUGGUCGCUCUGAUCCACACCGUUUCUUGAACCGGAUGAGAACUGAUUUUAUCUAAACUGGACAUGAACAUGGGAAACAAUUACCUGAUUUUAGGAGCACUCUGUAACUAUUCCUGGGAGGCUACAAUAUGUUGAUAAUCAGCCUUAAUUGACAUUCCCUUAAAUUUAAGGUAAAGAGCAUAGCAAAGUACUGUGCCUUAUACUACUCCUUGAUGCUGUAGAAGCUGUACCUUGCUUUUUGGGUUUAGGGAUGAGGUUUAAGUGGAU